GCCUCCGUGGAGGGCGCUUGGGCCCUGAACCCAGCACUCCAUGCCCGGGCGGGUCUGGCCUGGACGGUCCUCGCCCCCCUUGGUGUAAGCGUUCUGUCCCCAGAUGACAAGCUCACACUGGGCUUGGGCUCUGCGGGAGCAAAGCGGGCUUCCUUCCUACCCCUCCUUGCGCUUCCUGGGGAAUGGGACUCAGGCCCCCGAUGGACGCUGGUGAAAGGAGCGACACCUGGGAGUGGGAAGGCGGCCGCCAGUUGGAGGACCCGGCUGUGCUCGUUCUCGUGAUAACUGACGGCACCAUUUUCUGUGUUUCCUCCAGUCUUGACUGGGUUCUCUCUGCGUGGCCGGCAGUGUCCGAGGCCUUGGCUGGUCGCUGGGGACGGAGCAGGGCACGCGAGGGGGAGGGUGGGUCCCCCGCGGAAUGUCGGCUUCCCUUCGGGAGCCCUGGGGCGGCCGCAGCGCCUCCCUUUCCUUGCAGCUGCCUGGACCUCCCUGCAGCAUGUCGCUACAGGCCUGGGAGUGGGAGGACGAGGACCAGGCCAGCAUGGGCCCCGCGUCCUCCAUGGGCAGCUUUCACCAGUCGGGGAGCGAGUGUGAAGCCGACGAGUACCUGAAGGACAGGGCCUGGGCCCAGGAGUUGGACUCGGACCACCGGUGCAGCAGCGAGUCCCCAGAAAGGCCCGCCAGCGCCUUCACCUCCGACGUGCCCCACGUGGUCCCCUGCAAGUUCAUCAUCUCUCUGGCCUUCCCGCUGACUUCAGGUCAUAAAAGGAAAUUUUCAAGUUUGGUUGAAAAAUACAGGCGACAGCCUAAAACGGACAAGCCCGUUGCAAAGGUUCACCGUUACUACCACAUCGAGUACUCCCUCCUGCCGGACGAUGGGGAGCCUAAGAAAGCCGAUGUGCUGCUGUUUCCAACCGUGGCCAAAGUGUUCCUGGACUCGGGAGUCAAGAGUUCCGGCAGCUCUUGCAGCUCUUGCUGUUUCUUCGUGUGUGUGUGCACCAUCAGGCCGUGGCAAGAAGGGGACAGGGUCUGGGUGUCGUGGAUCCAAGCUUUCAACAUCAAUGUGACCAAGGAGUUACUGAAGAAAAUAAAUUUUCACAAAAUCACCUUGAAGGUCUGGGACACCAAGGAAAAGGUUUCGAAAAGAGUCAAGUAUUAUCGGCUAAAGCCUUCUGGGUUUAUGGAAGAUAUGGGAUCUUUCGAGGAAGUGAAAAAUUUGGUUUUAAGUCAGAGAAGAUUGUCUGAACAGGGCGUUCACGCCAAAGAGGAGCAGUGCCAGGACCACACACCAGAGAAGCUCGAAAAACCGAGAAGAUCCUUGAAGCCAGCGCACGAUGCGGAAACUCUUCCCGGGAACCCCGAGGACCAUGAAAAGCUACUCAGGUCGGAAGAGCUUGCCACAGUCCAAUGGGGUGAUUCCAAACCGGUUACUUCUUUGGGAGGGGCAACCACAACAGAGGCGAAGGAGCUAAUUGAGAAGCCAUCAUUUAGCAGCUUGACAAACCUGUUAGAGAAGCAGAAAUUUCAGACUAAGCGGAAAGAGUCAGAUGGCAGGAGGAAGGCGCAGAGGAGGAGGAGGACAUCUCACUGGGAGGACGGCAUGGAUAUGCGGCUGGCGGGCCCCGCAAAGCAUGGCAGCUUUUCCAUCCAGCUGGAGGUCCUGCCUCUCCUGGCAGGAUGGCAGUCUGUCGUGAGCCACAGCAGCGGGAGGUCGGCCAACAUCUUAGAUUGUUUCUUGACGCUGAAAACUGAGGUUCCCCUCAUGACAGAAGAGCAGAAGCAGGAUCUGAACCCCAUGACCAUAAAGAUCAAGUGCGUUUCUUCCCUCCCGUCGCAGCCCGUGCCCAUCAGGGAACUAGAGCGGCUCUGCAGCCCCGUGUACUGCAGGUACCAGUUCCCCGGGGCCCCGGUACACCGCACGGAGGGCCGGCCGCACGGGAGCCACGUGUACUUCCAGGACGCCAACGUCAUCUUCCUGGGGGCCAUGCACCCCAGCGACCUGAGGGAGUACCUGGAGGGGCCCCCCAUGGUGGUGGAAGUGCACGACCGGGACUGCAAGCCCGAGAGCUAUUCCCGCAAGCCCACCCUGUUUGGGGAGGACCCCCUGGACGCGUACCUCAACCUCCAGGCCCUCAUCUCCCCCAGAGACACGGAGAGCAACCCCUUUGAGACCCAGGAGAAGAUGUGGGACCCGCAUGGCGUGGCGCAGGUCAGCUUUGCCGACCUCCUCCUCGGCCACAAGUACCUGAACCUGGCCGCCCCCGUGCACAGCUGCGAGCCCUGGGCCGCCCCCCUGGGCCACGGCCGCAGGAGCAGGCACGCGGCUGGGCCCCGGGGCCCCAGGGAUGGCGUGCCGCACGGCCUGAUGCCCCCGGGGGACUACCUGGAGGCCAGCUGCCUGCUGAAGCUGCGUGUGGAUGUGGCGGUGCCGCUGCGUGGCGGGCUGGGCGGCGCCGACCCCGCACUCUCCCGGUUCGGCCGUGUGGUCUUCGUGUUCGAGUCCAGGCAGCUCUCCCUGCUGCACAGCCUCCUGCAGGACGUCACCAUGAUCAACGCCAGGGCCCUGGCCCUGGACUCCUACCCAUUGGAGGACAUCCAGCAGAUCCUGUCCACCUUCAAGAUCCGGGUGAAGACCCAGGAGCAGCCCGACCUGGACGUGCUCACCGGCGUCCACCUGCUGGACGGGAAGGUCCACUUCCUCAUCCUGGAGGGCCUGGCCGACCACGGCCUCCAGCGGCUGUGGGCCCGUCACCAGAGCCGGGUCCCGCGGGCGGAACAGGGGCCCUUCAAGGCGCUCUACAACUCGCAGCUGCGCUUCCGCCGGCGCCUCUACGCCGACCUGGAGACGGUCCUGUACCGCGUGCGGCUGUUCCGGCCGCUGGCGCAGCUGGUGCAGCAAGCGGCGCUCUACGUGCGCAGAGCGGUCCCGCCGCAGGCGUUCCAGGCGCUGAGCAGGAUCUACUGCAUCUGCCGUUACAGCUCCAGGCUCAGGGAGGUGAUCACGGGAGACCUGCUGCCCUCCUCGGCCAUGAUCAAGGAGCUGAGCCAGGAGUUUGGGAUGCCCUUGUCCCAGGGAGACCUCACAGAGCAGAAGCUGCUAGCUGUGGCCCCUGCCCCGAGUCUCGAGGCCUUCCAGAGCCGGAAGUCCACCCUGGCGUCACAGAUCCACUCCCACCAGGAGAAGUACCUGCGGUGGCGGAGCAACGUGAUCCUGAAGAGCAGGGACCAGAAGGCGAGCCUGAUUCAGAGAAACAUCUCAGCGGCCUCCCAGGUCGGCAGGAAGCCUCCCAGCUCUGCAGCGAGGGUGAUACGGGUCUCGGCCCCGGACACGCACACCGUGCAUAACUACAGUAUCCAGACCCUGAACUCUGUGGAGCUGGCCAAGAAGGAGCUGUAUCGGGAGAUGGCCAAGGAGCCGGGCAGGAGGUUCACAUACUCGCAGAAGUACCUGUCAGCCACGGUGGGGCCUCUGGACCCAGAGGAGGAGGAGAGGAGGGCCCGCAGGGAGUCCCGCCAGGCCUGGCGCACGCCCAGCGGCUUCCAGACGGCGGGUCUCCACAGCAUGGGCACGACCUGGCCCCUGCGGCUGCCACCCACCAGCGCUGCCACGGAGGAGUGGAGGGAGAAGGCCCUGUUCGCCAACUUGCUGGAGCCGGUGUUGCGGCGGGAGAGGUGGGGCUGGGACCGGCGCCACCAGGACUUCAACCUGUACACACGGCCGCCGGAGUUCCUGGAGCUUCCGCCUGCACCCAAGCCCAGGGCAGCAGGAAGGCAGAAGGCAGCAGCCUUGUGUCCUGAGCAGCACAGACCGCCCGCUGGAGCUGAGAGCACCAGCCCCUGUCAUGGCCACAGCUCGGCAACGCCGCCAACCUCCCCUGGCUCCAGGUCGUCUGGAGGGCACCGCACGCUCACCCCACCAGGACAUGGGCCCACACCCCCCCACCCCGCAGGCCCCAGUAAAGCACAGUGAGGUGAAGCCGCAGCACUGUUGUGGGCCCAGGCGGGGGGCUCACCUCGUGGUCGUGGUCCCGCAGCCCCAGGCGCAUGGAGCGGCUGGCCCGAGACAGCACGGCCGUCAUCCCGUACAGGUUGAUGAGUACAUUGGCCACUCGCUUCAAGACCAGCUGCUCCUCCACGAUGGUCUGGGAACACAGUGCGGGAGGCGUGGCCCCUGGGGCCCCUGCCCCACAGUCCUCACCGGGGCCCACCUCUGCGCCUCACUCUACACCCCAAACGUGGGCGGAGACACGUCCCACAGCCUGGCCGAGGCCAGAGGCCGGAGCUCCAUCACUUCAGCCACAGCAGCCACGGAUCAGCUCUCAAGACCCAGGGCCACAUGGGGCUGCCCCUCCUGGCCUCGGGGCCUCUCGCCAACUGGAAGGUGCCCCUGGCAGGGUUCCUCCACCCCUGCCUCUGGCGAGCUGAAUAGCCCACAGGGCAGGCAGCCACGGCCAGCCCCGCUCCACACCCCAGCCCUCCAAGGUGACGAGGCCUGCCUUCCAGGCCUGGUGCCCAAGGUGGACACUCGCUGGAUGUUGGCUCAGACGCUAGCCUGCCGGCCUCCCUGCCCC